GGUUGCCACUGUGCAGAUUGGACUCUUCCAGCUCUCACACCUCGCUCCGCUUCCCCACGACCAUGUCUGGCAAACUUGAUAUGGCUGAGAUGGAGAAAUUCAAUAAGUCAAAAUUGAAGAAGAUGGAAAUGCAAGAGAAAAAUCCACUGCCUUCCAAAGAAACAACAGAACAGGAGAAGCAAGCAGGCAAGUCAUAA